UCGACGGAAAAGACCAUCCACAAAUCUAUUUAAAACAGUUUCAACCGUGUGACAAGCUGGUCGAAUACCAAUUUUGCUUAUAAGUUGCAUUGUUUCAAAAAUUUAGUUGGGUAACACUAAACUACUUCUAAGAUUGGGUUUUAUUUACUAAAAAUCGUACACAUAAUUAUUUUUCCAUGUUGUCUUGUUGGAACUAUUUUUAAAAGAGUCUACAUUUUAAGACAGCCCUUUUGUUUUGGAACAAAAAAGUGGAAUAUUUUUAAUUUCUAUUCUUUAUAAAAUACUAUCAACACAGUGGUUUUAAAGAUAAAAAUGAAUUUGUUAUGUGUUUUAAUAUCGUUUGCCUUAGUAAAGGCUUUUGUGGCUGUAUUAGAUAUACGUGAUAAGCAGGUCAUCAUAACUAACAGACAUAUCGAGCUUGCAAUAGAUUUCAUGCCGAAAAUAAUUAAGAGAAUUGUCCUUGGACCAUCUUCGAUGAAGGAAAUGGCUUUCAUGUUGGCAGUACCAGAAUAUACAGACGACGAUAACAAAAGCCGAAUGGUACUGUAUCAGAUUCAAAUGCAAACAGAAAUAAUGAUGUCAACAAAUAUUCAUAUCCAGAUACCUGAGAUAAUCCAAGACAAUUUUGAUGGGAACAUUGAUCUGUCAGUUUAUGGAAAUAAGAGAAGAAUUAUAACUAGAGAAGCUACAAAAACAUUAAUCCGCGGUGCCACACGUGAUAACGAUCGAGACUUCGAAGAUUUUUUCGCCAUGUGCCGUUUAAUUGGCUUGUUCAGAAGUAUAAAAUAUCCAGAACUAUACAUGAUUAAAGCUGAGACCGACAAGACGGAAACUUGUAUUCUAACAGAUAGAAACGGGAAAAUUAUCAGAUACAGAUCCUGUACAGAUGACCGUAUUUGGGAAUUAAAACCUAAUGAUGACCUAAUUCAGCCACUUUCUGAUCAGUUAUAAUUAUUUGGACCAGGAUUCACAUUUCACAUGAGCAACUCAGUUAAUAAUAGAUGCUAUAUUAUUUUUUUAUUGACUAUUGUCGCUAAAUUUAAAUUAUUUAAUAGUUUCAAUCAUAGCUGUAAACAUGUUUCUUGCUAAUGUAUUGUAUUUAUAUUGUUAGCUAUUACUCUUUCGCAUAUUUUCUGUAGAACCACAUUAGAGUCUUAAAAAAGCGCUAAUCACUAGUCAAGAAAAUGAUUUUCCAUAAUACAUUUCACAUCAUAUAAAUUAUAAUUAACUACAUUUGGAAA